GGAGAACGUUCCUCCGACGAUUUGUGUUCGUGUGCAACCUUACAUUUUCUUCAGGGAAGUUUGAUGAUGACGAAAUAAAUUUCCUGGACUUUCUCUCUGGUGAUUUCUUUCCUUUUCCAUGUUUCGGAUUCAUCCGAAGCUGGCAGUUCCCCUCCGUUGUGAUCAGGCAAGUGGUCCAUUGACAUCGAAUCAUCACUGCACUUCUCGAUUUUAUGGUGCUGUUGGGUGGUGUUCUUCGAAGGUGCUCUGGGUCGACGCUGAUGUUAGGACGUGCUCGAGUUUUCGAUCACUCCGUCUUGUGUAUGCUGAGUGCCCUGAGUGGAUGUGUUCCCGCUUGCUUCGCGUGUUUCAGGGGAAGGCUGCUCACGGAGGAACCCACUCCGCUGGUGGUUCCGUCCCGCAUGGGGAGGAGCCUCGAAGGAUGACGUCGACACCAGUCAUGCCGACGAGUCGGGGUGGUGUCGGUGGAGAGGAACAAAAAGGGGCCAAAAACUUGUGGUGCGACUAUAGCAAUCGUGUCUGGUAUUUGGACUGGGCAUGCCAGGACGCCUCCAUCCCGACAACAGGACGAUGCGGGCCAGUAUUGUUCGUCGUCGGUCACGGUGAUACGACGCGUCUCGCAGGGUCCGUCGUCGAGUACGCCGACGAAGGCAGCGACAUUUUAAAGUUUACCUUGCGGAAGCUUUACAGAAGUGAUGGUUCCGUCGACAAACUCGCAAAAGGAUGCAUGGUUGGUGGGAAGAAGUUCGGGGGGUACGACGCGGGUGCGAUGGCUUUACCGUUCUUUGUCCCUUUGUCGCCAGGCCACGACGAAGUCGUUCACACGAAAGACUUCCUCAAGGUUAUGCGGCUUCAGUUAUCCCUGGCAGUGGCAUGGACGUCGACCCUGGGACAUCCAUACGUCGUCCUGUUGGGUUCGCGCGAGGAGACAGUUUUGGUGAAGACGGAGGCGAACCCUCGUCGGGAAGCAGGUGGGAACGUCGCUGGUGACGAGGACCUGCUCGGGCUGGGGGCGACUCGAGAGAUCUCGUCGGAGACGAUUCAGUCGGGAGGCAAGCGCAUCUUGCCAAUUGUGGAGGUGCGGGAGGGAGCAGCGGCUUAUAAAAGGCAAAGAAAUGAAGGAGGGAGUGCUCGAACGCCGAUGACAAAAGAGCGCGACUCCGUUGAGAAGAGGGAAAGGGGGAAGGGGAAGCCAAAAAAGGGUGCGGAGGAGAAAAUUUACUACGUCCAAGUUCCUGAGCCGAAUAUCCACUGCUGGAAGGAAUUGGCAGACUUGACGGACCGCGAGAAGAGAAGGCUGUUAAACGGCGUCUUGAACCUUACCGCCGUCUGGGUUCAAUCGAGUAGCAAUAAGUUGGCCGAGCAGGGGAAGCACAGUGUGACGGAGAUGGUCGACAUAAUAAAAAUCGACCGGAUUAUGCUGAGGCUAUGGCACUACGUGAAGUUCAAGCACGAGGAAAUGAAGAAGAAGGAGUGGAAUGUCAGAUCCUCGUUCUUCAGGUCCAAGCAGCAAUUGUUUGAGUACGCGGACAAAGGUCUCGACGAAAAGCUUUGGAACGAGAGCAGAAAGUUCUUCAACGACAACACCUAUGUCAACAAGUGCCCUCAGUAUUUAGGGUGUCAACAUGACAGCAACGUCAAGAAAACCGUUGCCCUCGUUAACGACCCGUAUUUCCCGGCGGAGUGGAAACGUGUGGUGCUGUCGGUGAUCACCGGAGACCGCGCACAAAGCAGAAAAGGCCCUUGGGGCGUUGAUGAAUGCAUCAACAUUUUGUCGAGGAGGACAAGCGUCGUGACGAUGCUGGCCCCGUUCGUCGUCGACCCAUUGAAUGCCAUGGACCAUAAGGGCGCACUGGGAAAAAUGGGCCAUCAGUUACGCUCCCACACUUGCGUGUUGGACUUGUGUGGAACUGUGGAUCGGUCGCGCUGGGAUUCUGGAGCAUUCGCGUCUCUCAGUGAGUUCCUAGGCAUCGUUUGUGAGGGCUACAGGACAUUGGUGGUAUUCAUUCCCUACCUGUGGAACCUCUCCUUCAUGACAUUUUUGUCUACGCUUGGGGCUACCCGAUGCUACACGGGGAAGUGGGUUCGCAAGACGCCAACGAAGAAGACGCAUCAAUUCGGAAACAGCAUGUGGAAGGAGCCGGAUGUUAUGCACAUCCUUUUCAAAGGCGACGAUCCGCAGCUGCUGACACAUCCGGUGUACGAGGGAACUGUUUCCGAAGACGAUGUCGUCGCUCUCCGGAGGAAGCAGAAAGUCACACCCAUGGAUGUGGAGGAGAAGCCUUUCAAGUCCUUGCAUUUCGCGGACUUUGGGAACCUCACCCAGAGGGGGGUUGUGUACAAGGAAUUCGAGAGGAAUCCUAAUCAGUUAUACAGUCAACUUAUUUUCUUCUGUGGUGUGGCGGAUGUUGUGCUGUUCUUGGGCAAUCCGCACGCGCAGGUGGUGUGGAAUCUGCUUCACCAGGGAUGGCACGUCUUGGCCUUGGAGGGGGACUCAACGCAGCUCGAAUAUACCGUGCAAUUUAUUCACCAUGAAGUCCAGUCUGGGGCUUACGCGUGUGAUUUCCACCAUGUCGUCGUCGAGCCAGUAUAUGACCCGAAUAAGGACAUGUUCUUCAAGUUGACUUCGAAGAAAAGGCGCCAGGUGUACUCCUUUCUUUUCGGCCAUCAACCGAACUGGAGAGUAGACGAGCAGUUCGUGAUGCGAAAGGAAGUCGCCAUUGCAGUCCUCUAGGGCUACCACGGGGCCAGUCGCAC